AUGCAUUGGAGCGACAAGGAUAGAGCUACGACGAUAAUAAGCGAGUACCGAAGCGAGCGAGGCACCGAGCGGCGUAAGCACCCGAGAGGUCUGAGGACAAUCGACGCUGCAUUGCCGCACGUUCCAAUACGACGAUCACUAUCGAUGACAGUUGGUGGAAAAGUAUCUCUACCUCCAAUUUUACAACCUCCUCAACCACUUUACAAUUUAAUAAAAGGAUUACACACCAAGUCCAAACAUUUUCUUGAAAAUAUACGGAAAUAUAAUGCUGCUUUUCAAAUGACAUCAUUUAGAGCUUCUAAAAUUUUUAAUGAUACAUACAUGCCUACGUUUAAAGUUCAAGGACAAGUUUAUCAUACUAUUGGUAGUAUUUAUCCUGUUGAAGUAAAUCAAGAAAAGUUUUUACAAGUUUAUUUCAUAGAAGACUUGAAUCGUCAAGCUCAAACUAGAUGUAACAAUAUCGAUAAUAUUGACAACGAUUUAAUAACAAAACUCCAAUUGAUGCUUCAUCAGAAUAAUAUCUAUGUACAAAAUUUUAAAUCGGCUAUUGAAUGUGUCCCACGUGAUUGUGUUGAUUUAAGAAUUAUUAUACGAUCAGAUAAAAAACCUGUUGAUCAACAUACGCGAAGAUAUAAUGCACCCACUUCAAAUGAAGUUGCCGUAUUAAUGGUUGGGCAAGAAUUUAAUAAAAGAGACAUCGUCCUUAAUCUUCGUAACAAUACUCUUCAACGUAUAAAUGAAAUACACCGUUCUUAUGAUUGUUUACAAUAUCCUUUAAUUUUUUGUUACGGAGAUGACGGAUAUUCAAUAGAUAUUCCACAAGUCAAUCCUGUUUCUAGACAGCCAAUUCAAAAUAAAACUGUAUCAGCUAUGUCAUUUUACGCUUUUAGAAUUAUGGUUCGGCAUAAUAACCACAAUCAUUUGCAUUAUUUUAGAUCAGUAUUUAGUCAAUUUUUAGUCGACAUGUAUGCGAAAAUUGAAUCAGAGCGCUUAGCGUUUAUACGAAAUAAUCAAUCCAAAUUACGCGCUGAAAAUUAUAUUUAUUUGCAAGAUGCUCUAAGGAAUGACGAAAAUAUAAAUGAAAUUGGAAAAUUGGUAGUACUACCGUCUUCAUUUACGGCAGGCUAUCGUUAUAUGCAUGAACGAACUCAAGAUGGUAUGGUUUAUAUUAGAACAUUUGGAAAACCAGAUUUGUUUAUAACUUUUACUUGCAAUCCAAAAUGGAAUGAAAUUGCAUGUGAACUUUUACCAGGACAAAAAUCUCAAGAUCGCCAUGAUAUAAUAGCAAGAGUAUUUAGGUUAAAGGUAAAAAAAUUAAUUGAUUUAAUUACAAAAAAAUAUAUAUUCGGAGAAACAUUAGCUCAUAUGUAUACUGUUGAGUGGCAAAAACGUGGUCUUCCACAUAUACAUAUUUUGGUAUGGCUGAAGGAUAAAAUAAAACCAGAACAGAUUGAUACAGUAAUUAGUGCAGAGUUUCCAAAUCCAAAUGAAGAUCCAAUUUUAUUUGAAAUUGUAAAAAGUAACAUGAUACACGGUCCAUGUGGUCAAGUAAAUCCGCAAUCCCCAUGUAUGACUGAUGGAAAAUGUACUAAAAAAUAUCCAAAACAAUUGAUUUGUGAAACUCAAACUGGUGAUGAUAAUUAUCCAAAAUAUAGACGAAGGAGUCCAUCUGAUGGUGGCUUCACUGCAAAAAUAGUAAAACGGAAUGGUGAAUUUGAAGUCGAUAAUCGAUGGGUAGUGCCGUACAAUCCCUUACUAUCACGAUUAUGUAAAGCUCAUGUUAAUGUUGAGUACUGUAACUCUGCAAAGUCUGUUAAGUAUAUAUGCAAGUACAUGAAUAAAGGAACUGACCAAGCAACUUAUUCAGUUAGUAAUGAAAAUGAUGAAAUCCAAAUUUUUCAAUCGGGUCGAUAUAUAAGUUCUUCAGAAGCUGCUUGGAGAAUAUUAGGUUUUCCAAUACAUGAAAGAAAUCCAACAGUAUUUUAUUUAGCAGUUCAUUUGGACAAUGGUCAAAGAGUUUAUUUCAAUCCGACAAACAUACAAAAUUUGGCAAUACCUCCUCCGAAAACUACAUUGACUGAAUUUUUUAAUCUAUGUUCUAGAGAUGAUUUUGCUAGAACUUUAUUAUACUGUGAAGUACCUUCUUAUUAUACUUGGAGUUCCCAUGAAUUUCACCGCCGAAAAAACGGUGAAAAUAUUCCUAAUUAUCCAGGAAUAAAAAAAAGUUCUGCAUUAGGUAGAGUUUACACUGUCCACCCAAAUAAUUUUGAAUGUUAUUGCUUAAGAAUGUUACUUCAUCACAUACGUGGGCCUACAUCUUUUGAAUCAUUAAGAACUGUUAAUGGUCAAGUAUAUGAAACUUACCAAGCUGCCUGUGCUGCACUUAAAUUAUUAGAAAAUGACAAUCAUUGGGAUCAAACAUUAGAAGAAGCUGUUGUAUUCAACAUGCCAUUUCAUUUAAGGAAUUUAUUUGUUAUUAUCUUAGGAUUUUGCCAUGUUGCUGAGCCGAUCCAACUGUGGUUAAAAUACAGAGAUGCAAUGGCUGAAGAUAUAUUAUAUCGCUUCAGACAACAUAAAAAUGAUAAUGAACUCGACUUUAAUGAUGACAUUCACAACGAAGCUCUAAUAUUAAUUGAAGAUCAAUUAUUCUCAAUAACUGGGAAAACAUUGAAAGAAUUUAAUUUUGCAUCACCCGUAAGAUCAAACAGACUACAUUUACAAGGCAGUUAUCACAGAGAAACUAAUUAUAAUAUUGAAGAUUUAUUAAACUCCAUCAAUGAAGAUGAACCAAAAUUAACCGAUCAACAACAGAACGUUUAUACUAAAAUUUUAGAAAGUAUAAAUGAAAAGCAAGAAUGCUCUGUUAUCAUAUGGGAUGAAUGUACUAUGUCACAUAAAAGAGCUCUAGAAGCAGUAAAUAGAACAAUGAAAGAUAUAAGAAAUGAUCAACGUGAAAUGGGUGGUAUAACACUUGUAUUAGCAGGUGAUUUUCGACAGACAUUGCCUGUUGUCAAACGAGGUACCAGAGCCGAUGAAGUUAAUGCGUGUUUGAAAUCUUCUAAUUUAUGGCCAAAAUUCGAUCAGUUAUCAUUAUCAACAAAUAUGAGAGUUCAUUUAUAUGGCGAUUUAAACGCCGAAGAAUUUUCCAGUAUGCUUUUGGAAAUUGGCAACGGAAAUGUAGAAGAGGAAAAUGGUAAAAUUAAAAUACCUACCGGUAUUGGAACAAUAGUAUCAAAUUUAGAUGAAUUAAUAAAAAACGUCUAUCCUGAUGUAAAAAAUUUAAAAACAAAAUCAACUACUUGGUUAAGCGAAAGAUCAAUUUUAACAUCAAUGAAUGAUCAUGCGUCUAGAAUAAAUGAUAUGAUUUUGAGUUUAUAUGAAGAAGAAGAGAAGAUUUAUUCAUCUAUUAACACGGUAGUCGAGCAAGAUGAUGCUACCAACUUUCCCGUAGAAUUUUUGAAUUCUCUGAAUCCACCUGGAAUGUCGAAUCAUAUUUUGAAACUUAAAAUCGGAGCACCAAUUAUGCUUAUUAGAAAUUUGAGCUCUCCAAAAUUAUGCAAUGGAACUCGCCUACAAGUGAUAUCAUUAAAGCAAAAUAUUAUUGAAGCUAAAAUUAUCACAGGAUAUGGAUCAGACCAUUCAUCUGUCAUCAACGCUACUAUCAACAUCAACUUCAUGAAUUUUCAACGGUCACCAUUUUUCCGGCAAGGGCAUCGUUAUGAAUUCACUGGGUACGUUCAGGAGCUUUUCGGGUACCGUGAAUUACUCUUUACCGACAAUUUUUCAUUUGAUAUCCGUGAUCGGUCUGGGGAUCAUGUUAUAAUGAUUGUCGAUAAUCAACAUGAGCUUGAGUCGAUUAUCGAAAUAAAUCAGGUGCUGAUGGUUCGCGUGGUCUGCCAGUAUGGUCAGAGCUAUGAUGUCGGUCAAAAUUACUCGCGGUUUGAAUUUCGAGUUUUUAGUUUCAACUCCGUUAUGUUAACGAGUAUGUUUUACGUCCUGGCAAACUCAACUUACGAGCGACGAGCCUUCGAAUGUGAGAUGGAGGAAGAUUAA